CGACCCUCCUCCCACGCGAGUUGGCUCUGUCAAUCCCGACGCUUCGCCUGAGCUGCAGGUUGGUCAAAGAGAAAAAACAAAGAACUAGAGAUGCUAGCAAGCAUGGAUUGGCACCCGAGGCACAGACCUAUGCGCGGCCGCGCGCAGCACGGCCCGUCACGAAGAGGAGGAGGCGGGGCUCAGGACUCGAGUGGCAAAAAGAAAAAACAGCAUGAGCACCAAGCUCUCGGAGAAGUCCGGGGGGACCGGCGAAAGUCUGCGGUCGGGAUCUCUUGCAGCAUCGUCCCAUGCGCUCAAAAUCCUCACAUGAGCGACGAUCAAAAGCCCGCCAGACGUUCAAAAUCGUCACCCGAGCGUCGAUCAGAAGCGGAUCUUGCGCGACACAGCACAGCGACCCUGCGCGGCGGCUGGAGCGGGCCGCCCGCGCGGCGCGCCACAGCGGAGACGAGGGCGCGCACGCAGGCAGCUUGCGCGCCAGUGUCGGCGAAGACGCCCCCGCUGUUUCACGUGGCUCACCUGACCUGGUCGGAACUCACGUUCCAUGGUUUGGUAUGUGGUGAAACUCUGCGAACGGCGAUCCAGAGCUCAAAGGCGCUUCUGUACAAGUACCACGAGUCGGCCCCAGGCGAGCGAGUUUGCUUGCCAACUCUGCGUGCGUGCGUACAUGCGUGACUGGAGCAUGACAUAAGAACAUACACACAACCACUUGGCAUACUACUUUGUAGCUGGUAGACCUGGCUGGCAAUUCCAUGCAAGGGCGGCGCAUCCAGCGCACGAGGGUGAGGCCAGCAGGUCGCUACGUUGACGCUACAAAGAAGAAAACUGAACGCAUGAGACACGCGAGAGAGAGGGGGGAGGGUCUUCCUGCACUGCCCUGUAUUUCGCGAGGCACUCUUCCGAGCUAGCCCUCCGCGCGAGCGGCAGACGGGUAUGCAAAAGGACGUGGGUGCCCGCGCUGCACAGGCGCCCUGCCCAUGGCCCUGACUGGUGGAGGAGGAUGGAUCAGGGAUGAAUACGGCCGG